AUGCAUGCAUCCGCGAUUCUUUUCAGUUUGUCUCUCGCAGCCACCUGCCUGGGGUCCAAAUCGAAAUGCCACUUUAAGCCUUCACCCAAUGCCACAAUUGACAACUACCCCGGCGCCCCCAAACAUAGCGCCAUCUCGUCUGCCCCGUACAAUUUGAACCUCCUGUCUGAGGUCCCUGUCGCCGAUAUCUGCACGUCUCGCAUCGGCAGCAACGAACUUGAUUGUGCGCGCAAGUACAUAGACGCAAUCGACGAGCAGCUGGCCUUCCUGUAUGCCCGACGCCUGGGCUACGCCGCCGUUGCGGGAAACGCCAAGUACCGCGCUGGUACCAACCUGAACGACCCCAGCAGAAAUUCUCAGGUGGCAGAAGGCAUGGCAGAGAAGGUCCUGAGCUACGGUGGUAACUUGGAUGCCGGAAGGGUUAUGGGUGGUGAGGGCUGCCAGAUUUAUGCCAGCUUGGUAUACGAGAUUGCCAAUAUCCAGGAGACGUGUAAUGAAGACUUUGACGAAAAAGCUGAUCGGGUUUGCAAUUAA